GACAAGAUGUUUCGCACCCCCAAGUGCUCACGGUGCCGGAACCAUGGCUAUCUGGUGCCAGUCAAGGGCCACGCGGGCAAGUGUCGCUGGAAGCAGUGCAUCUGCGAUAAGUGUUACCUGAUCACCGAGCGCCAGAAGAUCAUGGCUGCCCACAAGGUGCUCAAGACCCAAGCUGCCGAGGAGCAGGAGGUGACCACGGGCACCCAGGGGCCCCAGCUGCCUCCCGGGGCUCCGGUGGCGGCAGCCACAGCGGCCGCCUCCUCGAGCUCGAGCAUUUGCCCACUGCCCAGGGUGGCUCCGGGAGGCUCCCGGCCAGGCCCCGUGGUCACCUGCUUCCUCGAGAGGCCCCCGCCGGUCCGCAGCCCGGGUCUGAGCGCCUUCCAGCGGGUCCCAGGCGGCCGCCCGGGCCCCAGCACCUUCCAGUCUGGCCUGGGGGUUCCCGGGGGACCGCACGACCGUCCCUCGGCGUGGCUGCCCCAGGGCAGCCCGCAGGUGCCCAGGCCCGAGCCCUACGGCCCCGAGCAGCGCCUGCCAGUGCGGCCCGUGCCCCGACUGCCGUUCACCGACUACGGGCAUCCUCUGAGAUUCAGCUCUGAUCACGUGGUGGGAACCGGGUACCCUGAGAGAGAGCCUUUCAACCAGUGCCCUGCCUGUGUCCCCAUGCCAUCCUACCAGCCCUUCCCGCUGGAUGGCCAGGAUGCAUCCUCAGCUGUGGGGAUCCCGCAGCAUAGAAGCUUCCGUCAUGUCUCCUGUAGCCCCUACCAUGGAGGCAGCUUGGUGUCGGAACCAGCCCGAGACCUCCAACCAACCUACUGCUCACCGCCGCCACCGCCGCUCCCACCUGCACCGUCGCAGCCACAGCAGCCCCCGUUCCUCCCACGUAACUACCUCUCUGCUCUCCACUUCCUGCCGCCGCCACCGCCGCCGCCUUCUCCACCGUCCUUCUCACUGACCAUCCUGUAUGACACAGACACGGAGAAUACCAAUGACCAGGACGCAGAGGCAGAGGUGCCCAGCCAGUCAAGCCAGCACUCCUCCCAGGAGCACUCUUCCUAG